GGCAAGUUAGACCGACCCUAACAUCACGCUGCAGACAAAAAUCAGAAUCUCAAUCUCCUAAAACUAAUAGAUGUGCUUUUGUUUGUUUUCCUUUGGAUGCUAUGUUUCUAUCCAGAGUCAUUGAGCAACAUUAAUGUCGAUAAGAGCGUGAUUUAACUGUAAGCCUGUCUAAAUGUCAGAUUUGAAGAUGCCAGCCAAAACACAUGGAGCUGGAGUUUUCUUAGAGCUGAGAAAAAGGCUUCAGAGUGGACUACUUAUUGUCGGAAAAGAUGUAGCCAAAAGUCCUGCAGACGUGGUCGUGACUGGUGGAGACUGUUCCCUCCACAUCCUGACUCCCCGGGGCGAGCUGAGCUUGAAAUUGCCGGCAGGAGUCACCUUCGAGCAGGGAUCCUGUCUCCCAACACCUGCAGGAGAAUCCUGUGGAGACGAGCUACAUUUCCGACUGCGAAUAAGUGUCACAAGAAGCACAGAUGAAGAUGCCUCCAACAGCGUGAUAGAGACACUACGGGCAAAAGAAACGUAUUGCUUCUACUGCCAGAGCUGCAUGACCCGGCUGCUGGAGGACAGGGUGUUCAAGCGAGUUCUUCCUCUCCCUAAUGGCAACUGGAACGCCAUUGUGGACGACUGGUGUUGCCAUCCUGAUCCGUUUGCUAGGAAGCUGCUGCCCCGAGCAGAGGAUUGUUUAUUGGGUGACACCUUCCUCCUCUUGGCCAGAGACAGCAGCUGUGAACAGACUCUCACUGAGGAAGUGAGUCCUGUCGCAUCAGAGGACGGUCAAGAUUCAAAGAAAACCUGCCGCCGCCUCAAGCUGGUCUCCUGCAGGAGCUGCUCUUCAGUUCUGGGAGAAGCUGUCGCCCCAGAGACUCUGAAACUGUACAUCACACAGGUGGUGGUGGAGCCCGCUGUUGGAGACAGAGAGCCAGAAGCUUCGCUUAACAGAUCUCUCUUCUUGGAGAGGACUGUAGCAGCCAGGUUGUUGAGUAUUUCCAACUCAAUGAGCACCUUCCACUUCUCUGUGCAGACCCCUGAUGGAAAAGCCUUCUUACUGCUCUGGCUCCUGAACAGUGACUCCAUCACAGCGUCAGUCCCAGAGAGGUGUGUCGGGGUUGAGAGCUCUAUCAGCUCCUCGGCUCUUCACAGUCCAUCACCCAGAGCUGCCAGAGCCCUGAAACUCCUCUACACCGUCUGCUCUGACACCAGCGCCCAGCAGAGAGAGAUUGUUUCAAGUUGGGAGGUCAAUGCCAUAGGACAUCCUGUGGUGCUGCCGCUGACUGUGUGCGAGGAGCUGCUGCAAGUGAUAGACGACAGCAACUCUUCUCUUGCUGCCUCGAUGCGUUGCAUGAGGUCUUAUAAGGUUGCAUAUCUGAGCCUGUGAGAUCAGAAGUGAGCUGCCAGGAGGACAGGACUCCACUCGUCACUCUUCAAGAAAACCGUGGACAGCCCUGUGAGGAAAAGUCUGUGAAGUGUACAAGAUGCCUGUUCUUGUUUAUUCAGCGUAAAAAUGGAAAUGAUUGUGGAGGGAAGGCACCAAUUGACAAACAGCUUAUUAAGUCUAAUCUUGUUGAGGUUACUUCUGUCAUCACUGCAGGUCAGGUCGCUGCUAGUCUUUUUAAAGUUAACACGUCCAAGUGGAAAAGAAUCAAAGCAUCAAAACUGUCCUUUUAUACAAUUUCAUUCAAGGUAAAUGUUGUCCUGACUGGGUCAUCAUUUUAAAGGAAAUGUUUAACUAUUUAAAAGUGCAGUCUGUGUACCUUCAUUCCCUGUAUGUGCUCUUUAUUUGUUUUUGCUGAACUUUGUUUUUGUACCUUUCUUUGCAAAAACAGAUUAAAGUGUGGUAUCUUUGGAGGCA